CAAGGUUAAUGCAUGAGUAUAAAUGGUGUGUGAGUGAUUGAAACUAUUAUCAAUCGAUCAAUCCUCAAGUCAAAUCAAGAGCAAUGAACUCCUUUGUGGUCAUUUCCGUCGUAGCCCUUGCGGCUUUUGCCAACGCUGGUAUCCUAGUUGGACCAUCAGCUAAGAUCAUUCAAGGACCCAGCAGCAGGACUACUUUGGUAGGACCCGAAGGAAGUGUUAUCUCAGCUGUCGCCCCUGGAGGCCAAAUCAUCCACGAAGAAACCCCCGGAGUUGUUGCUGAAGUUGCCCCAGUUGCGUCUUACGCCGCUCCAAUUGUUGUCAAACCCGCUCCAGUUGUAACUUAUGCAGCCCCAGUUGUUGCCCCAGUAGCCCCAGUUUUAGCUAAAGCUUCGACCGUCGUUGCCCACUCAUCAGCUUACGAAAGUGACAAUGUGGUUGUAGCUGGACCUUCAGGAUCUAUUGUAGUUGGCAAAUCAGCACAUGUUGCUCCAAUCGUUUCUCAUGUUGCUCCAGUAGUCGCUCAUGCUGCCCCAGUGCUGACUUACUCAGCACCUGUUGUAUCUUAUGAUAUCGACAAUAAUGGUCAUGAAGGUCAGUACGUACAUGAUCACAGUGAAUCCUUGCACGAUGAUGGAUCUUACAAACCUCAUUAUUAAAUAACACGCUUUGAUGUAUAUUUGUAAAUAUCUUGCCAUACUUAAUGAAAUAAAUCACAAUAUUUAUUA